AUGCCUGCAUGCACGCACCCCGCCUCUGCGCAGUACUGCGAUCGCACGCGUGGGACGAUCACGUGCACACUGUGUGGCGACAUUGUGCAGGACCAGCAGUUUGAAUUGGACCCCGUCUUUGGCCGCGGCGAGAAGGCGGCCCCCCGCGGUCUGCGGAAUCUCGGGCACCUGCGACCCACGCGCGGGACGAUUGGCGCGCGAAUGCCGGGCCCCCGGCCGUCUGUUGAGGCGGCCCGACGGGGAAUGGUGGCGAUUGCACGGCAGCUCGACAUCAGCGACGACAUGGUAGAAAUGGCGGUGGCUGUAUACAAACUGGCGGUAGGGAUUAAUGCCGUUUCUGGCGCGAAACCUGCUAUUCUUUGCGCCGCUCUUUACGCUGUUUGCAGACGUGAGCGAACUUCACAUAUGAUAUACGACUUUGCAGAGGCAACAAAUGAGAGUCCAUAUGAGAUUCUUUCUUACAUGCGUCAGAUUUGCGAAGCCACACACACAGAAAUUCCUGUUAUUGAUCCUUCUUGUAUGGUACACCGUUUUGCUGAACAGAUGAAUCUUGGACCAGCAACAGGGGCUGUUGUGGUGUGUGCACUGAAGGUACUGCGGGCUAUGCAAGAUGACUGGAUUGCUUGUGGUAGACGUCCCAUGGGAGUUUGUGUAGCUGCUCUUCUUGUUGCGUGCUACAUGUUUAAUAUCCCACGAACACCAGAUGAGGUUUGUGGUUUCGUUCGUCUUACUGCUGGAACAGUUGCAAAACGUGUAGAUGAAUUUGCAGCUACUACAACUGCCAUGUUAGAAAGUAUUGAUGAUUAUAAAAAAGAUGAUAAUUCUCUUCCACCAUCAUUUAAUAACUCUUGUUUGCGUCCCACUGAUGAAGAUUUGAGCGCAGAAAUGCGUAAAUUGGCGUCUACUUAUUAUGAGCUCGUAGCAGAGGCUAAAGUCUCCACACCUGCGACCCCGGAACGUUGUAAGAAGUGGCGCCUCUUUCUUCAACGUCACUGUGAAUUAGAGAACACAACACCAACAGAAGAGAACAUGGAUCUUGAAAAACUUUCUCCUCAACAGCAACUGCAGAUACUUGGUCUUCCAAAUACGAAGCCCUUGGAUCCGGAAACAGUACGAGAGAGUGUGAGACGAGAAGAGGUAAAGAUUCUUGUGAAACGAGAACGUAGUGAUUCCGAAGUUGCAACUCAAAAUAUGGGAGGAAUUAUGGAUAUUGGUCCACCAACACAGAUGGAUCUUUCAGAAGAUCAAAUGACGACAUAUUAUCGGAAGCUCAUGACACAAGAUCCCAAUGUUUUAGGUAUUCGCCGAGAUUUUGACUUUGAAGAAGAUGAUAAUGAUCCUGAUCCAACUUCACCUACUGCAUUAUCUGCUACUGGUGCUGGUGCUCCAUCUUCUUCAAGUAUUGCGGGUGCAGACAAUGACACCAUACGUAGUUCUCUUGCGGAUGUACUCUAUGAUAGCGAAAGACGUCUCGCUCUUCCUUGGGAGUUUAUAGUCUUGCAAGAUCCGUCGCUGGAUGAUAGUAGUGAUCUCAAUUCUUACUUGGUACUUGAUAAUGAAGAGCGACUGCGACGCCAAAAAGUAGGGGAAGCACUUUACGGUGAGAACUGGAAUCUUGGUAAGGCGCGUACAAGGGAAGAGAUUGAAAGGCUUGAGGGCUCGAGAUCUACACGAAAACGUCAUCGUGAACCAAUUAAAGAGCAUGCAACGGUUCAAGAUGCACUCACACGAGCACUAAAAGGUCGUGGAGCUGGCACUGUAAAUAUCUCGCAAAUAGAUGAAUUAGUUCCUGGGUUACUAAGUGAUGUAGAUGGCGGAACGGAAGUAGAAUGGCUAAACGAAUAA